GUGAGGUGUGAAAAUAAUUUAUCAUUUUAAAAUCGCUGAAUUUAGUGAAACUGGGGAAGUUCGGGGAAGUCAUCAUCAAAUCCCUUGGCUCUUUCUUCUUCAUCUUCAAUUUCACAGUUCUUCAUCGUCAUCAUCAAUGGCAGGAUCAUCAAUAAUGGAAUCCUUUUUCCAGCGUUCAUUAGAUGACCUAAUCAAAGGCUUACGUCUCCAGGUAACUGAAUACAACUUCAUAUCUAAAUCCCUAGAAGAAAUCAAAAGAGAAAUCAAAUCAACAGACAUUCAAACAAAAUCAAUUGCAUUAGAAAAACUAACAUAUCUAAAUUCAAUCCAUUCUGUUGAUAUGAUUUGGGCAUCUUUUCAUGUUGUUGAAGUUAUGAGUAGUACAAAAUUCAUUCAUAAGAAAAUUGGUUACUUAGCCGCUUCACAGUCUUUUAAUGAAUCUACAGAUGUUAUUCUUUUGAUUACUAAUCAAUUGAGAAAAGAUCUUAAUAGUAGUAAUCAGUUUGAAGCUGGUUUAGCCUUGGAAUGUUUGGCUGUCAUUGGGAGUACUGAUUUAGCUAGAGAUUUAACUCCUGAGAUCUUUACUUUGUUGAGUAGUAGUAAGGAUUUUGUUAGAAAGAAAGCCGUAGCGGUUAUUUUAAGGGUUUUUAAUAAGUAUCCUGAUGCUGUGAGGGUUUCAUUUAAACGUUUGGUUGAGAAUUUAGAGAGUGUGAAUUCAGAUCCGACGGCAGCUAUUGGGGUUUUCUGUGAAUUGUGUUCGAAAGAUGCAAGAUCCUAUCUUCCUUUAGCUCCUGAGUUUUAUAAGAUUUUGGUUGAUUCGAAGAAUAAUUGGGUGUUGAUUAAGGUGCUUAAGGUGUUUAGUAAGUUGGCACCUUUAGAACCUAGGUUAGCGAAGAGGAUAGUUGAUCCUAUUGGGGAGCAUAUGAAGAGGACUUCGUCAAAGUCGUUAAUGUUUGAGUGUAUUAGGACUGUGGUUACUUGUUUGACUGAUUAUGAAGUUAUACUUAAGCUUGCAGUUGAAAAAAUUCGUGAUUGUUUUUUAUCUGAUAAUGAUGAUGAUCCGAAUUUGAAGUAUCUUGGAUUGCAAGUGCUUUCGAUUAUUGGGUCGAAGCAACAUUUGUGGGCUGUGGUUGAAAACAAAGAAUUCGUGAUUAAGUCGUUGAGUGAUUUGGAUCCAAAUAUUAAAUUUGAAUCAUUGCGGCUUGUUAUGGAAAUGGUUUCAGAGGGUAAUGUAGCUGAAAUAACUCAUUAUUUGGCUGGUGCUGCGCUUAAAUCUGAUCCUGAAUUUUGUAAUGAGAUUUUGGGCUCGAUUUUAACGACCUGUAGUAGAAAUGUUUAUGAAGUUAUUGUUGAUUUCGAUUGGUAUGUUUCUCUUCUCGGGGAUAUCUCGAGGAAUCCACACUGCCAAAAGGGGGAAGAAUUAGAACGGCAACUUGUUGACAUUUGUUUGAGGGUUGCGGAAGUUAGGCCUGAGAUUGUACGUGUUGCUCGUGAUCUUCUCAUUGAUCCAGCCUUGCUGAGUAAUGCUUACAUGCAUAGAAUUUUACGUGCAGCUGCUUGGAUUUCUGGAGAACAUAUUGAACUCUCAAGAAACCCAUUUGAACUUAUGGAAGCACUAUUACAGCCACGAACCAAUCUCUUGCCACCAUUAGUUAGGGCUGUGUAUAUCCAAUCUGCAUUUAAAGUUCUUUUCUUCUGCCUUUAUUCUUAUGUUGCGCCGAAAGAAGUUAUUUCAACACCUGUGGGUGAUUUGGCACCAGAAGAAUCGGCUGAAGCAUCAGAACAGGAAGCUUCCUUCUCAGAAGGGGAUGAAUAUUUCGAUCCAAGGAUGAAAAGAUCAGGGGAAGGUCAUACUCGGGACAGAAAUAUCGAUAACGGGCAGGCUUCUUCUUCAGCUUCUUUAGAGAAUGAUCCGUUCACUCAUGAGUCUAUUUUUAACAUGUUAAAUAUGAUAAAAAUGGCUUUAGGGCCACUAUCAGGAAGCGAUGAAGUAGAAGUGCAGGAAAGAGCAAGGAAUGUUCUUGGCUUGAUUGACCUAAUGGAGCAAGAACUACCUGGUUUGCUGGACAGGGAAGGAAGUUUAAGGGGGGAAGAACUCCAAGGUGUUAAAGUUCUGGAUUUACUGCAGAAUGCGUUUUCCAAAGAGCUCGGUCCAGUUUCACUGAGUGCUCAACAAAGAGUUCCGGUACCUGAGGGACUUCUGCUCAAGGAAAAUUUGUCCGAGUUGGAAACUGUUUGUGGUGAUAUUAAUCUCACUCCAUCAAGUUCAUUUUCCCUUGGAAGUGUUCUUUUUGUUGAAAAGCACAAUUCUCAGCAAACGGAGAAAGAAUCAGAGCCAUCGUCUGAGUCUACGUCUCUGCUAUCUGAACAUCGAAAGAGACAUGGCCUAUAUUACCUCUCUGCAGAUAAAGAUGGAAGUGGAUCUAAUGAUUAUCCUCCUGUAAAUGAGUUGAGUAAUGCCAUUGACGGUGCUCAAGAUCUUUUAAGACUUCCAGGGCAGUCAGUUGACUCGAAAAAGAAGAGCACAACAAAGCGACGCCCUGUGGUGGUACGACUGGAUGAUGGAGAAGAAGCAACUGUUUCGGGUGUACAAAAACCGAAAGAUUCAAAAGAUGAUAUGCUUUCAGGUGCUAUCCGAGAUAUUCUUUUGGGGGAUGUAACCAAACGCAUGCCAUCACAAAGUAAGCCUUCUGAUACUGGAAAAAGAAACGGAAAAGAGGUGUCACUAGAUACUGGGCAUGUUGCCCAAUCUAAAGAAAUGAGUGAAAUAGAAAACCCUAGCACUAGCAUCAGUCAGCAUGGUAAAGAGAGACGUAGAAGAUCCAAGAAGAAAGAUGGUGAAGAAAGUAGCCAAAAGGAAAAGCAGAAGAGUCAUCGUCAAGGUAGGUCCAAGACUCGUCAAACUGCAGAAAUCCAAUCGCCUGUGAUCCCUGAUUUCCUCUUGUAGCAUUACAGGUUGGCCUAGGAUCUUAAACUGAGCUUUGGGCUUGUUGUUCUGCCCCUAAGUUAAUGUGUUCUCAUUCACAGAGUUUUUUUAUUUACCCUCACGAGUUGUCCAUGUAAAUUGGAAUGUAAAAGUGGUCUUCUUCCAUGUUCAUUGAGUAUAUGUUUUUGGUUUAUACUCUUUUCAAAUUGAGAUGUAAAUUUGCCUGUUGUUUGUUGUGUUUUUUA